AUGCAGCUGACCGAGCAAGACAAGCAGGUGAUUGCCAAGACAUCUACACGUCCACGUCUGGACCACCGAAUCCCACCAUCGGCUCUUCUGGGGGCCAACAAUGGACAAUCCAGAACAAUGGCGGGACGUCUUGCCACAAGGAACGCCUGGAGUGGGCGACACUACACCGACACCCGGCCAGUGGACCACGCCAAAACCCAAGGAGGAUACCUAGGCAGAAAAGAGAGGAAAAGGCAUAAGCAGGGGAGCGGCAAGAAGUCGACGUGGGACCGGGGCCCCGAUCUCCGGGGCCAUGCCAUCGAGAAAAACGACCGGAACAACAACACGAAUGUGGAAGAAGAGCUUAUCGUGCCGCGUCUGGCUUUAAUUGUUGUUUAUUUGAGCAAGGGGGAGCCCAUGUUGAUGGACGGGUGGCGGCCACCGGCAAGGUGGAGGGCAAAGAAGAAAACGACGAAGACGCCCUCAUCCUUCUCUCUGCUCUCUGAUGGCUACUCCUCCUUAAUCGGGAAGAAGAGAAAGCAGUCCAGUGUAGGAGAUGCCGACUCGCUCAGCCUCUGCGGCCUGGACAUCAACGAACCCAGCGCCAAGCGCAGUAAAGCCACAUCCCUGGCCGGGUUUUUUCCCAUCAAGACUGCGCCGCUCAAAAGGUUGGGACAGACGCUGCAGCGUUCCAUCAGCUUCCGAAACGAGAGAGCUCUUCCGGUGUCUACCGACGCGAAAACCGAACCCAACGCUUCUUCUUCUCGCGGUUCUUCGGCGGCAUCCGGGCCUUCCGCGGCGACCGGCAAACGUCGCGAUAGCAAACUGUGGAGCGAAACGUUCGACGUCCACACGGGGGCGGCGCAGACACUCACUCCCAAAGACAUCAAACGACAGGAGGCCAUUUUUGAGCUAUCUCAGGGUGAGCAAGAUCUGGUGGAGGAUCUGAAACUGGCAAAAAAGGCCUACCACGACCCCAUGCUGAAGCUCUCCAUCAUGACCGAGCAAGAACUCAACCAAAUUUUCGGAACUCUGGAUUCACUGAUUCCGCUGCAUGAAGACCUACUGAAUCACCUCUUCCAGGCCAGGAACCCGGACGGAUCCACAGAACAUGUGGGACAGAUUCUGACCGACUGGCUGCCGUGUCUGUCGUCGUACACGGCCUACUGCGGCAAUCAGGUUUGGGCCAAGGCCUUGCUGGACCAGAAGAAGCAGGACCGGCGAGUGCAGGACUUCCUGCAGCGCUGCCGGCAGUCGCCUUUCAGCAGGAAGUUGGACCUAUGGAACUUCCUGGACAUCCCGCGCAGUCGGUUGGUCAAGUACCCGCUGCUGCUCAGGGAGAUCCUCAAGCACACACCCGACUGGCACCGGGACAGGCCGCACCUGGACCAAGCGAUGCAGAUGAUCCAAAGCGUUUUGGCGGACAUCAACAGAUGCACUGGCGAGUCUGAGUGUCAGUUCUACAAGGACCGGCUGCUCUACGCCGAGGUGGGCCAGAGUGACGCCCUCAUCCAGCGCUCCAGGACGCUAUGCUGCCACGGCGAGCUCAAGAACAACCGAGGACUGAAGCUCCACGUGUUCCUCUUCCAGGACGUGCUUGUCAUCACCCGAUCGGUCUCCAUGAACGAGCAGCCCGCUAGCUACCAGCUGUGCCGGCGACCCAUCCCCAUCCGCCAGCUGGAUCUUGAAGACCUCUCGGACGGCGAGAUGAGAGUGGGCGGGUCCAUUCGAGGAGCUUUCAGCAACAAUGAGCGCACAAAGAACUUCUUCCGCGUGUCCCACCGAGUUUCUGGCGGUCCACUGGAGAGUCACUGCUUUCAAGCUAGUGACGCCUUCAACAAGCAGCAGUGGAUCAACUGCAUCCGACAGGCCAAAGAAUCCGCCGAGGCGAGGGCAGGACAGGAGGACCCUUCGCUAGACCUCGUCCAAGCCGAGACUGAACUCAUUCAGUACCAAAUCAAAAUGGAGGACGCCAAAGAGCAAGCAAUAGCGGCGGACAUGGACGCCGGUUAUCAGGAGGACGUACGAUGCUGA